CUUCCGGCGCAGGCUGAUGGCACCACCGCGCCUCAGAGGAGAAGGCGGAGGAGGUCCAAAUCUCGCGAGAGUGCGGCCCAGCGCAGUCGGCGGCGGUUGGUAACAGAUCAGCGCGUCCAGUUCCAGCAGCCGGGGUUCGGCGAGGUGCAGAUGGCGGCAGCGGGACGGGAGGCGCUGUCGCAGGACGAGCUGCGGAGGAGGCUGUACCAGACGUUUAAGAACCGCGGUGUCCUGGACACACUGAAGGUGGUGUUUGAAUGACAUAUGGCUUUUGAGAAUAAGUAUUUUCAUCUCUCAUCUCACAAUUGUUGGAAUGGAAGUUAAGUUCAUCUUAGUGUUAGAGGAAGAGAUGAGGAAUUACCUGAAGACCCAAACAACUUUCCAGAUUCCACAAAAGACAGACAUAAACUCAACUUCGAAACCAGUUAAUCCAUGAGCUGAUGCAUCCAAUUUUAAAUGGAGAAUUUCAGCCACAAACUGUUUCCAGUGACGAAAGUUCACUGUUAGUUAGUGCCUCCAACAGUCUAGUGGCAGAUCACCUGCAUCGAUGCGGCUACGAAUAUUCACUUUCUGUUUUCUACCCAGAAAGUGGCUUGGAAAAGGAGAAGGUGUUUACAGUGCAAGACCUUUUGCAGCUGAUUCGGAUCAAUCCAAAAUCUAGUCUUUACAAAUCCUUGAUUUUAGGCACUCAAAAGGAAAAUAGAAAAGGUUUUCUUAUGCAGAUUUUAAUGGAGCUGAUGGAGAAUCAUCUAAGUAGGGGAAGCCAUGAUACAGAAACUCAGACAACCUCAGUGCCUCCUUACAGAGAAUCUCUUGCUGAGAAGCUUCAACUGAUUGAUGAACAGUUUGCAGACAUUUACCCCCAGAAUCAGAAAUUUGAAUCUUUCGAAGUAAAACUCAGUGAAUAUCGAAAAGAAAUUGAAAAGCAUCUUCAAGCAGAAAUGGCUCAAAAGCUGCAACAUUUUAAAGAGGUUGAAAUAGCAAAGAUUAGAAUGGAGGAGAAAACACAAUGCCAGAAAGAAAUCUCUGAACUGUGGCAUGAGCUUGAAAGGACACACCAAGCCAAGUCUGAAGCUCUGAUUUCUCGGGAAAAGAAUGCUAUUGAGAGACUUCAAAAACAACAGGAGAUUGAAGCGAAGGAGGUUUAUGCACAAAGACAAAGUCUGCUGAAAGAUAUUGAAAUGAUAAGAACCAGAGAGACAGAAGUGAAGCAAAGAAUUGAAGCUUUUGAAAUUGCACAGAAGCUUCAGGAAGAAAAAAAUAAGGCUAUUGAUGAUGCGUUGCGACGUCGGGAGGUUGCUGUGAAAAAUAUUGAGGAGACUUAUGACCAAAGGCUUAAGAAUGAACUCCUGAAAUACCAGCUUGACCUGAAGGAAGAAUAUAUAGCCAGAACCACUAAAGUUACUGAAGAUGAAAAAAAGAAUAAAGAGAAGGCCUUGCUUUUGCAUGAAGAGGCUGUUGCUGUUAAUUCUAAAAAGGAAGAACUCAAGCAAGCAAUGUCUCGUGCGAAAGAACUGGAGCUGGAACUAGAGUCAGUAAAAACUCAAGUUCUGUUGGUAAGCAAGCAGAAUCAUUCACUGACAGAAAAAUUGAAAGAGGUUGUAGACUAUUCCUUGUUAAAGGAAGAGAAACUGGAGCUUCAGGUGCAGAAUAAACUACUUAGACAACAGCAGGAGGAAAUUCGUAAUGAAAACCAGCAUCUGAGAGAGAAACUAACUCAGCCGUCAACUGAACAUCUGGCCUGCCAAGCGGAGUUGAAAAGAACUGAACAUGCUAGAAAGUUGGAACAGGAAGAGUUUGUAAACCACAAACAACUCCUAGAAAAGCAACUACAAAUGGAGGUUGAGCGGUGCACACAAUUAAAGAGCCAACUGUUAGAGUGUGAAGCUACUAUCAGAAAGUUAAAUGUUCAGGUUGAAGAUCUGAAAGUGCAACUGAAGCAAACCCAAACAGUUCUAGAGAAUGAAGUGUAUCGGAAUCCUAAGCCUUCGCUUGUUGAUCGUUCUGUCAUUGACUUCACUGGUGAUAAAUUUGUACCUCAUGACAUUUAUGUGGAUGGUAUAUUCUUGAAGAACCGGGCUUUGACUGAUAUCAUUGAAGCAGAUGCUGUUUUAAGAGUUGGUCAUCACCAGCAUUCACGGACACUUGGCACUUCCUCAGAUUCUGAUCUUGAAUCUGUAGCCAAAACCAAGGCUAGGAUAAAAGAGCUAGAGAAAGAGGCAGAGUACUUGGAAGAAGCCUACAGAAAUUACCAAACUAGAAUCAUUCAGGGUGCAGUUGCAAGUAGCACACCAACAAAGACUAAAUCUGCUAUACCUUUACAGUGUGCUGUUGGUAGAGUCCCUUUGACUUCUCAGCGUGAAGUUUUAUUUGUAGAAGACAACCUUGGUUCCCAGCAUUUCGCUUUUAGCAGUUCGAGAGACCAGAGGUAUGAUGAAUCAGCUGGCCACAAUGAUGUCUUGAAAAAUCAUCUAACUCCACCACGAGAAAGAGUCUCUCCUUCAAGACGCCUUUCUUCUACUCCUCUUUCAAAAGUGGAGAGAAACAUCAAUAACAAGAUACUUUCUGAAGAUAUCAGUGGCUCGUACCUUGCCUCUUCCCAACGGAGUGUUGACCAGCCUCUUUCUCCUAUAUUGAAGACAGGACAUCUUUCCUCUUCUGAGUCUGGUCCUUCCUCCCCCAGUAGUCACAGAAAAAAACUAAGUUUUCAUGAACAGCAAGCUGAUAUUCAGGACUUCGAUGACUCUUCAAAGCCUGAGAAGCUAGCAUAUGAGGACCUUGAAGAACAUAAUUCUUCUCUUGAAUUUGCAGCUUUGAUCUGCUGCAAACCAUGCUGUGGCCAGAUACCUGAAAUGAGAAAAGGGACUCCACCUGUCAUGUACUGGCAGUCCCCAUCCCUACAGACAGUGUGGAAAAAGAAGCUGAAUCAUUCAAGCAUAGGCAGGAAAACAGCUGGACCUGAUCAAGGGGACAUUCCAGAGCAGUUCGAAAGUGAUGUGUCACAUCCAUCUGGGAACAUUGUCAAUGGAGGCCAUGUCACAAACACUGUGCCAGCAACAGCCACUUCACAGCAGGACUUAACAGCAGUUAAUCAAAGAGAGUCUGAAGAUCAGCAAAGAGAAGAGGAUGAGAAAAAAUGGGAGGAAGAAAGGAAACAAAGGGAAGAAAGAAGGCAGAGAGAACGACAGGAAGCUUUGGAAAAAGAGCAAAGAGAACUAGAAAAACUGAAUGAGGAAAUGAAGCUGAUCCAAGAUUCAUUGAAAAUGGAAAGAAAGGAGGAAGACGCUCAAGUCAAAAAGUCAGAAAUUGGUAUUCCUGAUGCUAAAAGCAAUUUGGCUGAUCCUCUUCCUACUCCCUUAGAAAAAUACAUGAAAAUUAUUCAGCAGAACAGAGAGCAGGAGCUGGCAAGCAAGACCUUGGUGAAAGAGGAAGUAGAAGAAGUAUCACUGAUGGAAAGACUAACGUCUAGUGAUAAAGAGGAAAGUGUUGCAGGCAUUUCUCAUGGAGGCCCUGAUGAAGACUUCUGGUGAACAGCAUUGACUGGUCUCUCCUCAGUGCCAGCACAACACAGAAUGAAGCAGCAGCAGAACUGCUUUUAUUUUAAUAUGGCUGAAUAGCGGGGGUUGAACUGGGUAUAGUUUGUUACAGAACAGCAUAGAGUUUUAAAACAGUAACUGUGCCCCUGGAGUAAUUAACAGGUUUAAUAGUACCAAGAGUACUACUUAUGGCUAACCAUUGCUAACCAGUAAGCAAGGGGUCUUUAACUUGGUGUGUUAAGUAUCACACCAACUUUCCCAUCUUUACACGAUAUUCUGAGCGCUCAGAGAGGGUCUGCUGUACAUUCACAAGUAUUAAUUUAUGAUAAAAUACAGGCAAAGUAGAUUUGAAAGUGGUUCCCCUCUCCCCACAGGGUGCUUACCUUGAUUUUAUAAAUAGCAUGUUAAGUAACUAUUAUAAAGCUCAGCUAGGACAAUUACUUUUAAUGUUGUAUUCCUACAGACAAAUGGUAAUUGGAGAGCAGUAUAGUUUUAACAGUGCUGACUGGAGUUAGCUUAAGUACUUUUCUAUAGAAGCGGUGAUAGACAGGAACAAUCCCCCACACAUUUAAACAAGUGACGCUACUGCAUUCCGUCUCUACUGAUGCCUUAGCCACUCCACAAGAGAGUGAUACAACAAGACUACUAUGAGUUUGGGGGUUGCAUUUUGUAGACUGUUCUUGGGGUUUUUUAAUAAUAAAAUGUGUCAGCUAUGCAUUGAGCAGUUCAUUAAUUGCCAAUUAAGUCUAAUGCUGAAACCUUCUUUAGGAUUGCAGGAAAAUACUCCUGAUAGAGCUAGCUUACUAAAGGUGUAAUGUACCAGCAUCCUGUACUUGGUAAUUCUGAACCUAAAUAAUGUAUAAUCUGCAGCUCUGCCAACUGAACACAUUGAAUUUGAAACAACUGAAAAAUGGCAUUAAAGUCCUGCCUUUGACACCAUCAGUGUAUUUAAUAGUGAUCUGGCUUGAAAACCUGGUGAAAAUUCACAGCUUUUUGGCAUAGUUUUUACAAAAUGAGUUGAAUAAAACUUCUCUUCCUGAGGAUGUAUACAUUUGACUGUACAUAGGAGCACAGUAGGAUGAGUGUUCAGAGAGACUUGAGAUAGCAGCUGUACCUCAGUAAUCAGGAAGGCUUCCUAAAGUAUGGAGAAAAAAUAUUAUUGAAAUGGUUCUCUCCUACAGAGGUUAUCAUUCAAGAGACUGGCUUGGUUCUUGAUAGCGACUUUUAGCCUAACAGUUGUCCUGGUCACUGCAUGUAACAUUUCUGUUGGUGAGAGACCAGCUUAAAACUGCUACAGCAUUUUAAUUAAAUACAUUUGUACGGUAUGGUAAAUCAGCUGAGGACAUUGUCCUAGCAUUUCCUAGUUGUUAGGGCUGGAAGGGACCAGCCUCCGUGCAGAUCGAGUCCCCCUGCACUUGGGCAGGAAAGACUGCUGGGAUCAGAUGACCCCAGCAAGAUGGGCACCAAGAUGCUUUUUGAAUAUUGCCAG